CUCUGCCCACCAUGGCCCGCGCCCAACCGGGGCUGCUCCUGCCCCUCCUGCUCCUGCUGCCCGCCGGAUGCCCGGCGCUGGAAGAGACCCUCAUGGACACAAAAUGGGCGACUUCGGAGCUGGCGUGGACGGCCCAUCCGGAGACCGGGUGGGAAGAGGUGAGCGGCUACGACGAGGCGCUGAACCCCAUCCGGACGUACCAGGUGUGCAACGUGCAGGAGGCCAGCCAGAACAACUGGCUGCGGACUGGCUUUGUGCGUCGCCAGGAAGUCCAGCGGGUCUACGUGGAGCUCAAGUUCACCGUGCGGGACUGCAACAGCAUCCCCAACAUCCCCGGCUCCUGCAAGGAGACCUUCAACCUCUUCUACUAUGAGGCCGACGGCGACGUGGCCUCCGCCUCCAGCCCCUUCUGGAUGGAGAACCCCUACGUGAAGGUGGACACCAUCGCGCCCGACGAGAGCUUCUCUCGCCUGGAGGCCGGGCGCGUCAACACCAAAGUGCGGAGCUUCGGACCCCUGUCCAAGGCCGGCUUCUACCUGGCCUUCCAGGACCUGGGGGCCUGCAUGUCGCUCAUCUCGGUCCGCGCCUUCUACAAGAAGUGUGCCCGCACCAUCGCCGGCUUCGCGCUCUUCCCCGAGACCCUCACGGGGGCCGAGCCCACCUCCCUAGUCAUCGCCCCGGGCACCUGCGUCCCCAACGCCGUCGAGGUCUCGGUGCCCCUCAAACUCUACUGCAACGGGGACGGCGAGUGGAUGGUGCCCGUAGGAGCCUGCACCUGUGCCGCCGGCUUUGAGGCCGCCGCCAAGGAGACGCAGUGCCAGGCCUGUCCUUUGGGGAGCUUCAAGGCAAAGCAGGGGGACGGGCCCUGCCUGCCCUGCCCCGCCAACAGCCGCACGACCGCGGCUGGAGCCACCGUCUGCAGCUGCCACAGCAACUUCUACCGGGCCGACUCGGACCCGCCGGACAGCGCCUGCACCACCGUGCCGUCCCCGCCAUGGAGCGUAAUCUCCAACGUGAACGAGACAUCCCUGGUGCUGGAGUGGAGCGAGCCGCGGGAACUGGGGGGUCGCGACGAUCUGGUCUACAACGUCAUCUGCAAAAAGUGCCGGGGGGGCCCCGGGGCCGGGCCCCCGGCCUGCUCCCGCUGCGACGACAACGUGGAGUUCGUGCCGCGGCAGCUGGGGCUGACCGAGCCGUGGGUGCGGGUGAGCCGUCUCCUGGCCCACACGCGCUACAGCUUUGAGGUGCAGGCCGUCAACGGGGUCUCGGGCAAGAGCCCUCUCCCCCCGCGCUAUACCGCCGUCAACAUCACCACCAACCAGGCCGCCCCCUCGGAGGUACCCACGAUGCACCUGCACAGCAGCUCGGGCAGCAGCCUGACCCUGUCCUGGGCCCCUCCCGAGAGGCCUAAUGGCAUCAUCCUGGACUACGAGAUGAAAUACUUUGAGAAGAGCGAGGGAAUCGCGUCCACUGUGACCAGCCAGAAGAACUCGGUAUUCCUGGACGGGCUGAGGCCUGAUGCCCGCUACGUAGUCCAGGUCCGAGCUCGCACAGUGGCCGGGUAUGGCCAGUACAGCCACCCUGCUGAGUUUGAGACCACCGGGGAGAGAGGCUCAGGUGCCCAGCAGCUCCAAGAGCAGCUCCCGCUCAUCGUGGGCUCGGCCACUGCCGGACUCGUCUUCCUCGUGGCCGUCUUCGUCAUAGCCGUCGUCUGUCUCAGGAAGCAGCGUCACAACUCGGACUCGGAGUACACUGAGAAGCUGCAACAGUACAUUGCCCCUGGGGUGAAAGUUUACAUCGACCCCUUCACCUACGAGGAUCCGAAUGAGGCCGUGAGGGAAUUUGCCAAGGAGAUCGACGUCUCGUGCGUCAAGAUCGAGGAGGUGAUCGGAGCCGGGGAGUUCGGGGAGGUGUGCCGGGGCCGACUGAAGCAGCCGGGCCGGCGGGAGCUGUUCGUUGCCAUCAAGACGCUGAAGGUGGGGUACACGGAGAGGCAGCGGCGGGACUUUCUGAGCGAAGCCUCCAUCAUGGGCCAGUUUGACCAUCCCAACAUCAUCCGGCUGGAGGGUGUGGUCACCAAGAGCCGCCCCGUCAUGAUCCUCACUGAAUUCAUGGAGAACUGUGCCCUGGAUUCCUUCCUGCGGCUGAACGACGGGCAGUUCACGGUGAUCCAGCUGGUGGGCAUGCUACGCGGGAUCGCCGCGGGCAUGAAGUACCUCUCGGAGAUGAACUACGUCCACCGUGACCUGGCGGCCCGCAACAUCCUGGUCAACAGCAACCUGGUCUGCAAGGUCUCCGAUUUUGGCCUCUCCCGGUUCCUCGAGGACGACCCUGCCGACCCUACCUACACCAGCUCCCUGGGCGUGUGCCGUCCCCCGCAGGGCGGGAAGAUCCCUAUCCGCUGGACGGCCCCCGAAGCCAUCGCCUACCGCAAGUUCACCUCGGCCAGUGACGUCUGGAGCUACGGGAUCGUCAUGUGGGAAGUGAUGAGCUACGGAGAGCGGCCUUACUGGGACAUGAGCAACCAGGACGUGAUCAAUGCAGUGGAGCAGGACUACCGUCUGCCCCCACCCAUGGACUGUCCCACCGCACUGCACCAGCUCAUGCUGGACUGCUGGGUACGGGACCGGAACCUCCGGCCCAAGUUCGCCCAGAUCGUCAACACCCUGGACAAGCUGAUUCGCAACGCCGCCAGCCUGAAGGUCAUCGCCAGCGUCCAGACCGGGGUGUCCCAACCGCUGCUGGACCGCACGGUGCCCGACUAUACCACCUUCACCACCGUGGGCGACUGGCUGGACGCCAUCAAGAUGGGGCGGUACAAGGAGAGUUUCGUCAGCGCCGGCUUUGCCUCCUUCGACCUCGUGGCCCAGAUGACAGCAGAGGACCUGCUCCGGAUCGGGGUGACUCUGGCCGGGCACCAGAAGAAGAUCCUGAGCAGCAUCCAGGACAUGCGGCUGCAGAUGAACCAGACUCUCCCGGUGCAGGUCUGACCCCCGAGAGCCCCCCGGGGCUGCACAGGGACACUUGGACGUGAGCUGCCCGGCUUCGGGCUCCGUUCCGACAGACGGGGGGUGCCGGGGCGAGGCUCCGGCCCCCGAGGCCCCCGCUCCCUCGCCGGACCGCGGGGCUGGGACACUCAGUGACAGAUGCCACCUCUUCAUAUUGAAGAUGGAUUAGGCGAGGGGGCACGCCACUCCCGCAGCCCCCACGGGGCCCGGACCACCCGCUCUCAGAGUCGGGGGCGGUGGCGGCGGUGACCCGCGG